AUGUGUGCUAGAAAUAAGGAAUACUUUGAUAAUACCCAUAAUAUUCAGACCAAUCCUCUUCUACCUGGAGAUCUUGUCUUGCUUCACAAUACCAAAGAAGAACAGAAUAUGUCUAGGAAUAACACCCUGCACUUUCAAUGGCUAGAACUCUAUAGAGUUAAGUCUGCCAAUCAAGAACUAGGUGCCUAUCAUCUUGAAGAGUUAGAUGGCACUGAACUCAAAGAAUCUAUUGCAGAAAACAGAUUAAAGAAGUAUCUUAUGAAACCUGAAAUGGAGCUAUUUAAUGAUAGCUCAGCAGAUUCUGAUGUAGAGAUGGAGAACAUCUCUCAAAGAUAUGCCACCAGAAAUGUUAGCUUCUUGGAUCAGAGUGAAAAUGAAAAUGAUCAAGAAGAAAUGGAGCAAACACAAUUUCUAACUGUUAUACCAGAUGACUGGAGCUUUGCUGUUGUUAUACCUUCACAAGAUGUUUAA